UAUUCCUCAGUAGAAAUCUGCCAAACUCGUUUGGUGCUCCCUUAAGUACAUAAGUUAUACAUAUAUAUGAUUUACUAGGGGUAAGUCCUAUAUUUUAGGUGUGCUUUUUGAUCUACAGCCCUUUCCCUUUAGAUUAUUUAACGGAUUUAUUAUUCAAAUUAUCAAAAAAUAAAAAUUUCCUACGGCGAUUUUUAUUUACUAUUUAAAUUGAAUAAUAAACAAAUUUUAUUCAACAGGUUUUACAACUAAGCUUAUUGAUCUGUAACAUACGUUAUGUAUUCCUAGAAGAUAAGUUAAUUCAUAUAAAAAUGAUAAAUAUACCUCGUCAUUUGGUGAUUAUUUUGAGUGGUAGUUACCUUCAAUUUGUUUUUAAACUUUGUUAAGAAAUCAUAAAUAAUAAUCAUUGCCUACGAAAAAGUCCUUAUAGCCAGAAAGUAUAUUUAGAUGAGAAAGGAAUUUAAUUGGUUUUAUCAUUAUAAACGUUAAUUUUUGUUGUAGCAAAAUAAUGAUUCUUAAUUUGUGAAAAAUAUAUAAAAAUAUAUAUCAAACGAUUAAGUUCAAUAGUAGUUAUUUAAAAGAAACAUUUGAUUUCAAAUAAUCCAUAUUAUAUUAUAUUAUCUGCUUGAAGUUUUUGGUUAGCAUAUGGUAGGAUUAUGCAAAAAUAUUUGGGAUAUCAAAAGUUUAUCCUAAGUUUUUAGAAAUAGUUACGCAAUAUCCAAAUAGUACUAUGAGGAUCAUUGAUUUUCUACAGUUAACUACUAGAUUUCCUCAAUAAUGAUUGUGCAAAUUUGCAACCCAUUUUGUUAUCAUGGAAUUGUUAAAAGUUGAUAUUACAUUUCGACCCUAGAUAGUUCAAAAUCUCAAAUCUACUCUAUUUUAUUUCAUUAUUACAUGCACUUUAUACUUAUUUCCAUUGCCAAUAUUCCGUGACGAAAUAUAUAAGUACUAACAUAAAUUUCUUAUUUCUUAGUCCUUUUGAUAUAUUAAUGCUCUUGAUUUUAGGCUUAUUCCUUAUUCUGAUUUAAAAUUAGUUUCUCUUAUAAUUUAUAAUAAUAUAUACAAAUAUGGGUACUAAUCCUCUGUUGGUGAAUAAAAUCUUUAUCUUUCUUACAAGUAGUCGUUAUUUGAUCUUGAUCUUCGAAUUCAAUUAUUAAAUAUAAAGAGUACUAUUGUUAUUGACUCUUCAUUCCUUCAAUUUUACUUUUAUUGAUACUGUGUAUCAGUCAUUUCCACAACACUUAAUUCAUUUCGUUGAAUAUUUCUUCUCAACAUGACACGGAUCAUUGUACAGAUUUAAACGAAAGCAUUUAAAAAUUAAGGACAAUGCCUUGUGCUUGAACUCUAUUCGACGUUAUAUUUCAACUUUAAGGGUAUAUUUGUUGCAGAUCUUCAAUUUUGAAGCAGUUGUAAUGUUUUUAAUGUAUAAAUUGAACAAUUUUAUAUGAAAAUUAAAUUUUGUCACUUAAUUAUAAAUUUUUUAGUCAAAAUCAAAGAGAGUUUAUUUCGUUAACAGAAAAAUCUGUCCCAUAUUUCAAAGUAUUUGAAACGUUUUCGAGACUAUUUAGUCUAUUUUAUCAAAUAAAGAGUCUUCCAGCAUCGCUUUUUAAAAAUCUCUCUGGUAAUUUGAAGCCAACGAAGAGAUAAUAGAAAUAUCUGAAAAGUAUUUUAGGAUUUGUCAAAAGCACACAAAAAUUUCAGUGGAACUUACGUAUAUAUUCAAAAUAUGUCUCCAAUUCUAAGCUAAACAACCUGGAAUUUCUGAAUAUUGUGAUAUAUUCAAAAUCUAAACAUAAAUUAGCAAAUAUUUAACUUUGAGCGAUAUAUUUCCUGCAUCUUCAAUUCUUAAACAGCUGUAUAGUUUUUGAUGUAGAAUUUGAAGAAUUUUAUAUGAAAAUGAAAGUUUGUAACUUAAAUAUAAAUUUUGCAGUCAAAAGGAAAGAAAGAUUGUUUCAAUUCGUUGAAUGAAAUUGAUUUAUUGGUACAAUUUGUUAAUAAAAAUUUUUUUGAUCGUUUUAUUAAUUAGAACGAGUUAUGGAACUAUGGAAUUAUCAAUUUUUGUGUGUGUUAGACUCAUUUUUGUUUAUAUUUUCGCAUCUUUUCUAGUUGUUUUGCUGUAAGAUUUUGCAUUUAUUACAGUGCAAGUAAAAGAUAUUUUUGACAAUUUUUUAAUUAUAGUGUAAAAUUAGGUAAAGUAUACUAACGAAUUAUCUUAUGGAGACGAAAUUACCUAUAUCGGAGUUUGUAAUUUAUCAAAUAGUAAGAACCUUAAAAUACACAAAAAUUAAUAAACAAUCUCGUAAAUAACUAACUAAGAUACCCACAUUAAAAAAUAUGAAGAGAAAUGUACAUACAUCUGAUUUAGUUACGUAGAAAUCCGACUUAAAUUUAAUAAACAAUAAAAAUUGUCGUAAUCCUAACAAAAAUACUUUAUGUGUUCUGAUAAAAUAAUUACAUUCGGCUCCAUCUCAUGAAUAAAAUUUCAAGAAUGUAAUUACAAAUACAUACUACCAAGUAGAAGGAGAAUAAGACAAGGAAUGGCGUGGAAAGAUAGUCAAUAAUCAAUAACCUUAAAGCGUUUGCCUGGCACGUUUUUAAUCUAACAAGAAUAAAUAUAAAUACGUAUAAAUGAGAAAAUCCAGUAUUUAAUAAAAAAUAUCGUAACAUCUGUACAGUCAACUUAAUUGAUAGAAAAAUACUUUGAAGAAAUGACUCGAGCUCAGCCUCAUUUCAUAUCUUGAACCAACUACACUGUUAGUUUUUAUAAAUGAUGCGUUUCCAAAUCACCUUCAAGAAAUAUAAAUUGAAUAAUCAAUAGUAUCUUUGUUCUUAAAUUUAUUUUCAUUCAGCAUUAUCCGCAGCACUAUGCGUACUGCUUUAUGGACUUUACUUAUUAUUGCCAUUUUGAAAACUUCUAUUGGCCAAGGAGAUUCUUUGCGGAGUGCUUUAAAUGCGAUCGAUAGACGUCAACGAGAUUUAGGAGAUUAUGAGGACAGUGAGUAUGGUUAUACUUUAGAACGACCUGAAGAUCUUGUAUUCCUCAAUUCGCCUGGAUAUGGUAGAGAGAGACCAUACGAGAGACCCUUCUUAAAUUAUAGAAAUGAAGACAAAUAUGAGGCUGAAAUGAAUAAGAGAAUUUCUUCUGCUUUUCGGGAAAGGGUUGAAGAAGAUAACCAGAGACAACAGUUAGAAGAAAUGGCUCAAAAUAUUAUUAAUAAUAUGGAAUCCAGAGGAAGAUAUAAUGUUGAAAACGAAGAUUACGAUGAAAUUUUGAGGGAGCUUUGGGAUAAAUAUAAAAUACCCUAUGAGAGAACUAAAGUUAACUUAUCUCCAGUCGAGAAACGGAUGAUGUACCCUAGAUUUGGUUUGGACAGCGUUGGUUUGAAAAAAAGGAAUCCUUAUGGUGAAGUAUACGACGAUAACUAUGGAAUUGGAGAUGAAUCCUACGAUGACGAUGGCGAAAGCUAUUAUCCAUAUACCAGAAAUCGAUAUUAUCAAGGAAAUAAGAUAAGUAAAUUUAGACAGAUGUACGGAAAUCCUUAUUCUCAAGCAAAACGUUUUCCUGUUACCAAACGAAGUAGUGAACUCAAAGACAUUCACGAACAUAAACGUUCUACAACUAAAAAACAAACUGAUCCAAAAGUAGAGAAGGAUUUGAGUAACAUAUUCGGUAACCCCAAAAAAGAGGAAAAAGAGACUACGACAAAAAAGCCUUUAACAAGUAAACCAACUACUCCCAAAAAAGAAGUAGUAACUAAGAGUCCUAAAGAGACUGAAACUAAUGCGAAAGUAAUCCCUGCGAACAAUGAACAAUUCACGCCAGUAUCCAUGAUAAUUGAGAAACCAUUACAAAUUAAAAAGAAAUCCAUUGACUGGUCUGAUUAUUUUGGUCUCGAUAGACGUAAGAAAUCUUCUGACCCUGACGAUUUAGAUAAGGAAUGGUUAAUUGAAAGAUAUCAUAAAUCUAUCAAUUUAUCUAACAAAAAACGUAACGCUGACUUACCUCUAUCUUCUUUUCACAACCACGACGAUCCUAGAAAAAAAGCCACCACAAAUGAAAAAGAUAAGUAUUCAUCUGAAGAACAGAAAAUAAAUGAGAUGGAUGCUAAACUUCAAAGAAUGGAAGACAAGAUUGUAGAUGAUACUCUGAAAUAUACAGGUGCCCAUGAAGGAGAGACCGAUCCAAAAGAGGUACAAGAAAUAAAAGAUAAAGUUAUUUCUAGACUUGCUGCAGCGUACAGUUUAGAAAAAAUGAGAGCAGCUUUGGGAGAAUAUAGAUUGGCGGUUGCCAAAGAAAGAGAAAAACAAAAAAGCAAAAAACCGACAAUAGAAGACGGUUACCUCUUUUCAGAAGAAAAACGAACAGCAGUUCCUAGAAAAUAUGUAAUUGAUAAAGAUAGGGAAGAAACUCCAGAAGGAGAUAAUAAUAUUAAAUGUUCAGAAGGGGACGAAGACUGCCACGAGCAAAAUUAUAAAACUCCAAAUGAGAUAUUUGAAAACCAUUAUGGAACUGAAGUAUGUCCUGCAAUUGUACGAAGUUGUAAUGAAGGCGCAGUUGUUGCUGGGGAUUACGGACAAGUUUUCAAAUCGGCCUGCCACAUGCAUGAAAUGUGUCUUUUAUGUAGCAACAACAGCUGGUUUCCUCCGACCCGUCAGUGUCAUUCACUAUUUCUAGCAAAAGCUUUUGAUUUGUGCAAAGGCGAUCCAGAAUGUCAGAAAUUUAUCCAACGUUCCAUCAGAUACUUAUUAGAUGUAACACGUUUUUUACAUGCAGAAGAACCUUCAGUAAUCAACGACUGUGAAAUGUCCUGUCCAGAAACAGAAGCUCUGUUGGAACCAACAUCUAGAUGGUGUAAAUUUGAUACAAGAAAUAUGCAAAAUGAAAAUCUGUAUAGCAAUAUGGAAAAUAUUUCAUUAGACCAUUUUUCCAUGCAGGACAAUACAUACCCAGUUUAUCCUGAAUAUAACCAGGAAACAGUUAUAACGCAACAACCGACUGAAAAUAAUUAUCCUGGUUCUAGAAGACCAAUCCCUGUCUCAGUUAUAGAACAAGAUUUUAGAAGAACUAUAUCUCCUACCAGUGGACUAGGCUUUUUGCUAGAUGUGAAUCAAUUAAUAAUACAACAGACUAUUGAACUUGUGGAUCUUAUUGCAAACGUAGCUUCCGAAAAUCGAUAUACAGUAAAAGUACCUCGAGGUGAUACCAUUUAUUAUGCAACCGAAAGCUCUUCAAAUUUCCAAAGAAAUUGUUUGGGCUCAGGUCGAUCAUUUAGUAUGAGACUAUAUGAUAAAACUCAACAAGAAGCUUUAAUUUUUGAACGGAGACUGGCAUGUGGUACUUGUACUUUUUGGUGUUAUCUUCAGAAAAUGGAAGUUUGGAUUCCACCUGGAGAAUUAGUAGGAACAAUAUCUCAAAAUAUAUCGAUUUCAAUGAAAACUAGUUUUAACAUCUGCAAUAGACACGAUGAAAUUAUAUAUAAAAUAGAAGGUCCAAAUUCUUUUGGAUGUAUAUUAGGAAAGUCUCAAAACUUUCAGAUAUUUAAUUAUGACGGUUCGACUCAAAUUGGAAGUAUAAUCUACCAGUGGGAUAAUAUUCAAGUAUCUUACAACCUCUUACUACAAAUGCCCAGUAAUAUUACUGAAACUAGACAUAAAGCUCUCUUAUUGGGAUCUGCGUUUCUAUUGGAGUACAUGUAUUUUGAACAGUCCAAGAAGAAAACGUAUUGCAGAUGCAUAUGCUGAAUAUUUUUAACACUUGUACGUUUGUAUUACAGUUUGCAAUAAAUAAAUACACAUUGAA